AUGCAAGACGGCGAAUUCUUCGACCACGGCAACCGACAUCCCCUCGGGCGUGCCAUGUUUGUCUUUGAACAGGGGACAGAACACUUCAACGGAUUCCCUGAAACAGAUUUGAAUUCUAGCUUAUUUCCAGGUGCGAAACUACCGGAUUUUGUGAGCAGACUCCGAGGGCAGAUCCAAAUCGGACCCAAGCAGGCUGAACCUGACAACAUAUAUAAACCCCUCGAGAACAUCUUUACUACCUGGUUUCUAAGCGACAGUAAGGCAAACAAGCCCCAUUCAAUUGGCUUGUUCCAGAACAUCACAAAUCCUCACCGAAAAGUCAAGGAAGAUUUCAGAACUGCUUUGAAAGGAUACGUAGACAUUCUCGGGCCGAGCGAAUUUGGGGAUCAGGAUAUGAACUAUUUCCCCAUCCGGCGAGCAAUUCUGCUUCGAAGCAUGCUUGAGAGGAUUUUCAAGUUUGCGAAAGGAAAACCAAUUGAAAUGGAUACUGGCGUCCGCAAUGCACUGUUGUUCACUCCCACCGUCCUACAUGGUGCUCGUUCCCUGGAGUCAAUUCUGUCCAUGAGCAAACUGAAAGCAGGAAAACUCAUUACGGUGGAAGAUAUCUGCGCAAAGAGUCAGCGCAUGUUGCAUGUGAAGGAUCCGGAAUUUGAGGAAUACUUGACCGGUCAGAACUCCGCCCCGGAUCCCUCACGCAAUGAGCAGCAUUAUGCUUGGAUUUAA